CAUCUUGUUGCAAUCCUGUUUUUUUUUUUUUACGUCUGCGAGGAUCGACUCCGUCCGGACGGGAUCGAACCUUCCUCCUCACCCUCCCGCAGCAGCACCGGGGACGAGCCGCUCGGGCCCGCGGCGGCGAACCGUGCACACGGCUGUUCCAGGCGGGACCUCACCCUCCCCCUGCUCGGGUCUCUUUCCUCCCUCGCUCGCUCCCGGGCCCCCGGGUCGAGAGGGUCCCCCCGGGUUGCGAUGAGCAUCGACACGCUCCUGGAGGCGGCCCGGUACCUGGAGUGGCAGAGCCAGCAGCAGCACCUGGCCCGUGAGGAGGAGCAACGCAAAGCCAAGGAGCUCAUCAACAAGGAGGCGGAGUCGAGGCGAGUGGAGCUUGUGACGUCAUCGUCGUCGUCUCCGCCAGUCCGAGCCAACCACAUCAGCUGGGGCGAUGGCGCUCACCGUCAACAGCUACAUCACCCCCCCGCCCCGCCGCCCCUCUCCUUCCAACAUCAUCAAGUUCCCUUCACCGUCAUCCCAAUGGUCCCCGUGGUCACCUCGACGCCGUCGGUCCCACCGCUACCACUCCCAACGCCAAUUGCUGCGGCGGCGACGUCACUCAACGGCUCGGCGCUGGUGAAGAUCUCCUCCUCCCCUCCUCCACCGCAGCAUCAGUAUCAGCAGCAGCAGCAUCAUCAGCAGCAGCAGCAGCAUCAGCAGCAGCAGCCGGCCUCUCGUCACCUGUUGUGCGCCCCCCAGAUAAAAGUAGAGACUGGUCAGCCCCAAAUAAAAGUAGAGACUGGUCAGCAGCUGAUGGGAGCAAAGCCCAGCCAAUCACAGCCUCAGGUUCAGAUUCAGUACCCGACCUCCAUCAGCAUUAAUGGUUCUAGCUCUCAUCAUACACUGGUUCCCCAUCAAGCCCCGCCCACAUCUCAGCCCCGGCCGAAUGGCGUGACGAUGGAAGACAUGCGGGGGAUGGAAGGGAAGAGGAGACCAGGAGGAGCCGGGACCAGAGAGGUUCACAACAAACUGGAGAAGAACAGGCGAGCGCACCUCAAAGACUGUUUUGAGACGCUGAAGAAGAACGUUCCAAAUGUUGAUGAGAAGAAAACGUCCAACCUCAGUGUUCUCCGCAGCGCAUUGCGUUACAUACAGACUCUGAAGCGCAAGGAGAAGGAGUACGAGCACGAGAUGGAGCGUUUGGCCCGAGAGAAGAUCGCCACGCAGCAGCGGCUGGCCGAGCUGAAGAACGAGCUCAGCCAGUGCAUGGACGUCACGGAGGUCGACAAGGUCCUGCGACAGACCAUCCAGCCGGAGGACGACCAGGCCUCCACGUCCACUGCAUCAGAAGGAGAGGACAACUUUGAGCAAGACAUGGACGAGGAUGUCUCCGCUCCUCCUGCUCCAGCACUCCUGACCAAACCAGCGCCUCCCAUCCUACAAGCCCAGCCGCUCCUCGCCCCUCACCUGUCGAUCCAGCACGCCGCCCUGCCUUUGUCUGGAGUCUUGACCACGCCCUCCCCCUCAGGUCCGCCUCCUCAUCAGGCCAUCGCUCCGGCCCCAGGUCCGCCCCCUCUGCCGCACGCUCAUCACAUUCAGCCCCCGGUUCUGCAGGUCCAGCCCACCGUCAUCGCUCAUGCCGCCGUCUCCCACCCUUCGGUCAUCCAAGCUGUCAAUCACACAAUGCCAUCCAAUCACAAGCACCUCACACACAUUGCCCCAUCACCCGGUCCCACCGCCUGUACCCCGCAGCCAUUAACGGCAGCUCCGGCCAACCACCAACAUAUAACCGCCCAGCCCAUCGGACAUAUCACCGUCCACCCGGUGGCUCACCUGGGAGCUCCACUGCCAUCCCACCUCCCGACUCUUUACCCCCAGGGUGUGUCUGUGUCCCAGCCCACCAUGGUGGGCCACAUCACCCACACCUUCACCCAUCACACUCUGCCGCACGUCCAGGCUAAUCCUCAAGCUCACACAAACGGAGCCCAGGUAAACAGCGCCACCAUGGUGAGCCAGGGGGGCUCGUUAGGGAAACCCACAGCGGUGCUGGCCCCCCACCCCCAACUGGUUGGACAGGCGACCGUCCUAAACCCUGUCACCAUGGUUACGGUCCCAACUUUCCCUGUCAGCACUCUCAAACUGGCCUGAAAGAGUUAAAAAACUAAAAAGAUGGGUCGGACUGAAGGAGAGAAAGAUUCAGAACUUCUGGAUAAGUUGUAACACUCCAAUCGAUAACCAGGAGUCUCUGACAGACAUGAAUUCACGAAAACAUCAUCAGCUGUUUUUCGGACAAACUCUUGACAAAUAUCUCCAGAGAUAUUCGGUCCCAGCUCUGUUAGUUUGUGAACAAUAGGACUAAAGCAGAGUCAGGGGGUCCGGCCAUUGUUUAUGAGAAUGCGACUGACAUUUGUCGCCGCUGCAAAGACAGGAACUCUUGUUUUCCCUUCCUUCCUUCCUUCCUCUGCCUUCUUCUCUACUUCCUUCCCUCCUCUCCUCCCUUUACAACAAGAAGCACUAACACGAUAAGCUCAGUUCACACUCAGGCAUCAAGGAUUUACCUUAAACUCUUCAUUCACCCGUCGAGGGACAACGCACGAGCGAGAGACGGUAGUUUGUCGUUUUGGCUGUUGUCAUGGUGAUACAGUCUGUGCCCGUUUUGUAUUCAUGUGAUCUCAAUGUCAUGUGGGACAUCGUUGGGGAAUAAUGUCACUGCCGGGUUUGAGAGCAGCUCAGUGGUCUCACUGAUGAAUUGGACACAAGAGUGUGAAGUUGACCACAUCACACACAAAGUUAGAGCAACACUAAGCAACGUUAUAACUAAAAAUAGCAGCUUCAUUCAAAGGCGUCAUGGUUCGCUGACUUUGAAUAGAGAGACA